UAAUCCGUUUGUAUCCUCUCCUGCAAAUUUGCAAUCCCUUCUUCCUCCAGUUCACCCGAGUCGAACAUCUUCCGGCCGCUGCCAUCCGCCGCAAUACCUACCAUGAGGCUUCCCGUCCUCGGCCGCCCCGGUGGCUGUUUGCUCUUUCCCCACCCUAGGUCCUCCGUACUAUGCCUCGCCCACCAAAGCCCCAUCUUCAAAAUCCCCAUCUUUGACCCCAAGAAGACCUGUUGCCGAACGCACGCCACCUCCGCCGCCCCCUUGGCUCCCUCCUCCGUUCCCUCUCGUCGCUCCUCGGCACGCCCCGCCCCACCACGCCCUUCCUCCCUUUACGCCCGCCCCAGCCUCCAGCAGAUGGAGGUCGAUCGCGCCGCCAACCGCGCCCGCGUCUAUGACUUCCUGCGCUCCCUUGGCAUCGCUCCUGACGAGCUCGACGGCCUCGAGCUCCCUGUCACGGUCGACGUCAUGCGCGAGCGUGUCGACUUCCUCCACUCCCUAGGUCUGACUGUCGAGGAUAUCAACAACUACCCCCUCGUCCUUGGAUGCAGCGUCAAGAAGAACAUGGUGCCGGUGCUUGACUACCUCGGCAAGCUCGGCGUCCGCAAGGCCACCUUCACUGAGUUCCUGCGGCGGUACCCGCAGGUUCUACACUCCAGCGUUGUGGUGGACCUCAUGCCUGUCGUCAAGUACUUGCAGGGCAUGGACAUACGGCCUGUUGACAUUCCCCGGGUUCUUGAGAGGUACCCUGAGGUGCUCGGGUUCAAACUGGAGGGAACAAUGAGCACAUCAGUGGCGUAUGUCGUUGGAAUUGGCGUUUCAAGGAGAGAGAUUGGUGCUAUCCUUACGCGAUACCCAGAGAUACUAGGGAUGCGGGUGGGAAGGGUGAUCAAGCCUUUUGUUGAGUUCCUCGAGUCCCUAGGGCUACCAAGACUUGCAGUGGCGAGGCUGAUAGAGAAAAGGCCUCAUAUUCUUGGCUUUGGCUUGGAGGACCAGGUGAAACCAAAUGUGACAGCUUUGCUAGAGUUUGGUGUUAGGAACGAGGCGCUAGCUUCCAUCAUAGCGCAGUAUCCAGACAUUAUUGGCAUUGAGCUGAAGGCUAAGCUUACUUCGCUACAGAGCUUGUUUGAAUCACAUGUUUUGGUUGAUCGUGAAGAUUUUGGAAGAAUCAUUGAGAAGAUGCCUCAAUCUGUUAGUUUAAGCCGUUCUACCAUACUGAAGCAUAUAGAUUUUCUCAAAUGUUGUGGCAUUUUGCUAAAGCAAGUAAGCAAAAUGGUCCUUAGCUGCCCGCAAUUACUUGCUCUUAAUCUCGACAUCAUGAAAAUGAGCUUUGACUUUUUCCAAUCUGAGAUGAACAGGGAUUUGGAAGAACUGGUUCAAUUUCCUGCCUUCUUUACCUAUGGUCUUGAGUCCACAGUGAGACCCAGGCAUGAAAUUAUCUCCGAGAGAGGAAUUAAGUGUUCUUUGGCAUGGUUACUUAACUGUAGUGAUGAGAAGUUUGAAGAACGAAUGAAGUAUGAUUCUAUCGGGAUCGAUGAAAUGAGUACAGAAUCAAUGUUAAAGCCAAGGGUAGAAUAUGAACCUGUCGAUGAAGAAGAUGGUGAGGAAGAAGAGGAAUCUUCCUUUGAAUAUGUAGAAGAUAGUGAGUAUGAAGAGACUGAUGAUGAAUAUCUGUGACUUCUAUCAAGCACCAAUAUUCUCUCUGGUGUCAUUGGCUUCAUCAAAGCAUUACAAAGGAGCACGUUUGAACAAGAUUACUUGUAAACUGUCUCGAAUCCUUUUGAUGCAAUACUGAAUGAGUCUUGUUUCAGUUUUCAAAUAAUUGAAUGAUAUGAAGUAUGAUUUGCAAGAGGUACUAAUUCUGAUC